AUGAUCUGUAACUUGGAGACAUUUUAUCUUUUUGCUGCUAUUUUCUCUCUGAAUUUUGAACUCAGUUGUUUCCUGUGUGUACGCACUGAGUAUGAGAUAAAUGGAGAAUGCUGUCCCAUGUGUGCACCUGGAAACCAUGUUCAUAGGCAUUGUACUGCGGAUACAAGCACUACUUGUGCUCCAUGUCCUGAAUCAGCUUACAUUGAUGUACCCAAUGGUCUUAUAAAAUGCUUCAAUUGUACAGUGUGCAUUUCUGGUCAGGGUUUAAGAGUAAAGACCCCCUGCACUCGAUCAUCAAAUACAGUCUGUAAGCCACUAGAUGGAUAUUACUGUACUGAUCAACACAGAGGCAGCUGUAGACGAGCUAUGAAACACACAAACUGCAGCCCUGGACAAUAUAUAAAGCAAAGAGGAACAGCAUUUAAAGAUACUGAAUGUGCUGAAUGUCCAGAUGGUACCUUCUCAAGUGGCUCUCUUCAGAUUUGUCACCCACAUUCAAAAUGUGAAGAUCUGGGACUUACAGAAAUAAAGGCAGGAACGCUUUCUUCUGAUGUUGUAUGUGGAAAUAAAACUUCAGCUGCUCUGAUGGCUGGAAUGGUUUCUUCUCUCAUAGUUGUGGCUUUAGCAGCAGCAGUUAUCAUGUUUCUCAAAUUUAACCGAAAGACUGUCCAACAUGCAGGUAACGCAAACCACAGUAACACCAAUGUUAACAUCAAGCAGGUAAGAGACCUGAAGGAGAGAUGA